ACCCCAUUUUGUUUAGGAGUACUUGCACAACUUAUCAGAUAAAGAAUACCAUAACCAUACUCUUCAAGGUAUGCUUGAAAUUCACGAUCAAUAUAUUUAGUCCCAUUAUCACUCCUAAAGGUUUUAAUGGUAGUAUCAAUUUGGUUAGUCACUAUCUUAUGAAAAGCUUUAAAGUAGGAAAAUACUUCAUUCUUGGGUCAAAGUAAAUACACCCAAGUAACAUGAGAAUAACAAUAGAUGAAUGUAACAAGCCAACGAUAACUAAAACGAGAAACAACUCGAGAGGGCCUUACACAUCAGAAUGAACAAACAUAAAGGGAAAAUCACUUCUUUUAUUAAUGGAAAUAUAACAUGAACGUAUAUGCAAACUCAUAACUAUCACAAACAAAACUGUUCCUAUGACAUGAUUUAACUAACAUAUGAAAAAGUUUCUCCAAAAUACCAGAGGAAGGAUGUCCUAAACGGCUGUGCCACUGAAAUAAGAGUGAAAAAGGAGACGCAGUAUCCACUUGUAGAGCCUGACCCAAAGGCAACGUUGAUAAAGAUACAUCAUCCAACAGAUACAAACCACCAUCCACUCUACCACUGCCAAUUAUUUUCCCUGUUUGCAGUCUGAAACACACAAUGAGUAGGAAAAAUGUUACAGGGAAGUUUAAGGAAUUAGUAAUAUGACUAACAGAGAGUAAAUUGGUAGAAAAGUUUGGAACAUGAAGAACAAAUGAAAGGGAAAAGGAGGGAGAGCAUUGGACAAACCCGUUUCCAGAAACAGAGGAAAAUAGGCAUUAGCAAUUGGAGGAUAAUAGUACUUAUACUUUUUUUCUAGAGUUGUUAUAAAAAAUGGGAUCUGUUUUAUUUCUGUUUAAUUUCAUGAGAUUUGCACUUAAUAUAUAUUUUUCAUCUUAAAUGCGCGCAGGACACAUUAGCUUCUACUUUCCAGGAUCAAGGUCAAUUUUUACCGGAGACACUUUGUUCAGCUUAUCAUGUGGCAAGCUUUUUGAAGGAACUCCUGAGCAGAUGUUUUCUUCCCUUACGAAGAUUAUGUCUUUGCCAGAUGACACAAAUGUGUACUGCGGGCAUGAAUAUACACUGAGUAAUUCAAAGUUUGCGUUGUCUAUAGAACCUGGUAAUGAAGAAUUGCAGUCUUAUGCUGCCCACAUUGCCCAUCUCCGAAAUAAGGGUUUGCCAACGAUUCCUACUUUGCUAAAGAAGGAGAAGUCAUGUAAUCCAUUCCUCCGCACUUCAAGUAUGGAAAUCAGGCGGUCAUUAAACAUUCCAGCCACCGCAAAUGAUGCAGAAGCCUUGGGUGUCAUCCGUCGUGCCAAGGAUAACUUUUAG